AUGCAUUCUUAUCAUUAUAUUUCAGGUGUUCAGGGUCAGAGCUGCAAUAUAGUGACUUACACCAAGAGGACAAUCUGUGUCUUGAAGAGGUCAACAGUGGAUAUAUCCUGUACUUAUAUAAGUGGUGAUGAUACAGUCAAAUCAUCAAUCUGGUUUAGUCCCAAACAGAGUGACAGCUGGAGGGAUGAGUUGAUCCCUGAGGACCUAACCACAGACCCAGGGUAUGCAGGUCGUGUGGAGUAUGUUGGAGAGAAGGAGAGAGGUCGCUCCACCCUGAGAAUCACAGAUCUGAGAGAGGAGGACUCUGCUGUGUACAAGUUCAUAUUCAACACACAGACAUCAAGAUGGGGACACAGCUUCCCUGGAACAACUCUGACUGUCACAGACCUGCAGGUGAAGGUGACUCCUGCCACAGAGGAAGGGAAGAGGACACUGACCUGUAGCACCACCUGUACUCUGACUGACAACCCCACCUACAUCUGGUACAAGAACGGACACAAAGUAAAGGAGGACACUUCCAGCCUGGACUCAGACUCCUUUAGUGAUGCAGACAGUUACUCCUGUGCUGUAAAAGGCCAUGAGGAUCUCCUCUCUCCUGCAAAGUGUCAGAAGUGUUGGAGUGUGACUUACACCCAUCAGAAGAUCUGUGCUUUGAAGGGGUCAACAGUGGACAUAUCCUGCUCUUACACAUAUCCCAGUUACCAUGAGAUCAAACAAGCUUUCUGGUUUACUAAAUGGUCUGGUAUGGAGGCUGAAGAUCUGAGCUCAGUGCCAGGGUAUGAGGGUCAUAUAGAGUACCUUGGGGAUAAGGAGAGUGACUGUACCCUGAGAAUCACACACCUGAGAUUGAGUGACUCUGCAUGGUACAUGUUCAGAUUCAUAACAUCUGGAGGAAAGUUUUCUGGCUCACCUGUCUCUCUGACUGUCACAGAUGUUGUGUUGGAGAUGGAUCCUGCAUCUGUGUCAGAGGGGGAGAGAGUCACACUGAGAUGUAGAACCAACUGUACACUGGACCCCAUCACAGCCUACAGUUGGUAUAAGAAUGGACAGUCUAUACCAAACAGCAACACCUCCUCUCCUGUCUAUAUCCUGUUCUCAGUCAGCAGUGAGGAUACAGGCAGAUACUCCUGUUCUGUAGAAGGACAUGAGGAUCUCCCCUCUGCUGAAGAGACUCUCACUGUUACAUAUGGACCAAGGAACACCUCAGUGUCAGUCAGUCCCUCUGGUGAAAUAGUGGAGGGCAGUUCAGUGACUCUGACCUGCAGCAGUGAUGCCAACCCACCUGUGGACAAAUACACCUGGUACAAGAAGAACGUAACCUCACCAAAAGCAUCAGGACAGAGUUACAGCAUCACUGACAUCAUCUCUGAGGACAGAGGAGAAUAUUACUGUGAGGCCCAGAAUGGAAGAGGAUCUAAUAACUCUACAGCUCUGAUGAUCAUUGUAGCAGGGAAACAGACCUCAGUUGUGACUGCAGCUGUAGGGAUCAUAGUGGUUGUUCUGGUUCUCAUCCUCUGUCUCUCUGGACUCAUGUUGUUCAGGAGAUACACAGGAGGAAGUGAUGCGACAACAGACACACAGAGUGUCCGUCCUGACUGUAACAGUGACACGUACACAGGUCUGAACAUGAGGACCAUGUCCCCUGACUAUGACACGCUGGCAAGUGUCCAUCCUGACCCUAACAGUGAUGCCAACAGUGACAUGUACACACCUCUGAACAUGAAGACCAGGUCACCAGAGUAUGACACCCUGGCAAAUGUGAGGGGACCCUCCCACUGAAGAUAACCACCACAGAUCCUGGACUGAAGAGAAUCACCACAGAUCCUGGACUAAAGAGAAUCACCACAGAAGCUGGACUAAAGAGAAUCACCACAGAUCCUGGACUGAAGAGAAUCACCACAGAAGCUGGACUGAAGAGAAUCACCACAGAUCCUGGACUGAAGAGAAUCACCACAGAUCCUGGACUGAAGAGAAUCACCACAGAUCCUGGACUGAAGAGAAUCACCACAGAUCCUGGACUGAAGAGAAUCACCACAGAUCCUGGACUGAAGAGAAUCACCACAGAUCCUGGACUGAAGAGAAUCACCACAGAAGCUGGACUGAAGAGAAUCACCACAGAAGCUGGACUGAAGAGAAACACCACAGAAGCUGGACUGACGAGCUACGGUUCCAAUCCAAAGCCAGGCCUCACACCUCUAUUCUCUUGCAACCUUAUCUAGAUGGUUUUCCAGACCAUGAACUUUAGCUUUUGAGUAAAUGCUGGAAUAUAUGUUUUAUUUUCUUAUGAUGAUAAUUAUGUAUAUUGGUGAUAAAUGGGAUGGGUUAUGCUUCUGCUUUUUUUCAAUGGGAUUUUUUCCAUUUCCAUAUUUUUUCUUCUGUACCAAUCUGUUUACUAUCUAUAGUUUAAGAUUAUAUUUCUGAUAUUGUUCUAUGGAAUUUUGCAAAUUAUGGAUUUAUAACAUCAAUAGUCCUACUUUCCUCUGCAACUAAUAUGGAUAAUAUUGACAACAGCUUUUUAAUAUUUUUUGCUUUUGGGUCAAGUUUCUCCUGAUGUGUUGAUGAUGAUUUACUUUGUAUUGCUGUCAGACAUUAUUCCACAUUUGUUCUUUUAUAUUUUAUAAUACUAUAUAUUUUUUAUUUUUUAUUUUUUAAUGUAAUCAGUUAAUUACAUACAUUUAAACAUUUGCUGUUUUUUAUAUUAAUUAUAAUUGUAUAAUUGUAUAUUACGUAAUGCUAUAUUGUUCAGUGUCAUGAUAUCACUUGUUAUGUCACAUUCUUCAUUAUUACGUAUUUUAUAUACAGGUUUACCUUUGCAGUUUUUACAGUGUGGUUUAGUGACAAUACAGUACAAGCAUCAUGUUGUAAAUAAGAUCAAAGUUUAAGACAUUAUAUACAUUCAUUAUUUCAUCAACACAUAAUACA